UGCAGUGGACUUGAGGAUGCACACAUGUACAUGUAGGAGGUGGCAAUUGAGUGGCAUUCCCUGUGUGCAUGCCAUUUGUGCCAUUAGAACCAAAAAGGCAGAUCCUGUUCUCUUUUGUGACGAUUACCUACUGCCUUCUACCUACAUGGAGUCAUACAAUCUAAUUAUUCAUCCUAUUACUGGUGAGGAUGAUUGGGAACCGGUGGAUUACCCAAUAGCACCUCCCCCAUACAAGAAGCAAGCUGGCAGACCAAAAAUGAAGAGAACUAAGGAGCCAAUUGAGAACAAGCAACCUCCACCAGCCCCUAACACAACCAAAAUGCCAAGAACCUACUCGAAGAUGACAUGCCAAGUUUGCUUCAAGAAAGGGCAUAAUAGAUUGGGCUGCCUAAUUACAAAGGCAAAGAAAGCAGCAGCACAACAAGCAGGAGAAGGGAGUUCCAAUGCACCCAAGCAAAAUAAGAAGAGGUAAAGGUAGCAGGUUUGUGAUUUUCUGUUCAGCACUUGUCUCAUUGCAGCAUGUUUCUGAUGUUCAAAAAAUAGAAUUAGA